AUGUCUCUUGCAAUGGAUAAAACCUUAAUGGCUCUAUCACUUGACGAAGAAGAAGUUUCUUUUGCCAUGCCGGAGCUCCCUGGUUUCAGUUCGGCGGAGGAGAACAAACUCAGCCUCAUAGGUAGAAUCUUAAACCCUGACCGACAAAAGAUGUCAUACCUCAUCAUAAGAAUGCCGAGGAAAUGGCAGAAAGAAGGCAAAGUCCGUGGAGUGGCUUUAUCUCAGGAGUGGUUCCAGUUCAUUUUCAAUAAUGAACACGACCUCUUGGACAUUCUAGAGAAAGGAGUCCAGACGUUUGAAGACUGGGUGAGAGUGGUGGAGAGAUGGGUUGAAAAUCCACCUGACGACUACCUGCAGUAUAUCCCCCUCUGGGUCCAGAUCCGUGACAUUCCAGUUAACUUCUACACCAUGGAGGCUUUAACUGCGUUAGGAGACCUGGUUGGGGAGACAAAGCUGGUGGUUUUUGACCCGUCGAAGCCUAUUACUCAGGAUUUCAUUAGGGUCUUAGUGAAAUACAAUGUUGCAAACCCUCUUAAAACUUCUAGGGUUGUGACCUCGAAGGGCAAAUCAUCGGUGGUGAGAUUUAGCUACGAGAAAGUUCAGAAGCGCUGCUACACGUGCCAGAGGCUGAAUCAUGAGAAGGAUUUUUGUCUGCUGACUGUCAGGAAGAGACAGGAGGAGUCAAGAGUCCGUAGAGAGAGGGUAAGCGCUGACUUAGAGAGGAAGAAAAAUGUCAUUUUGGAGGACGAUGCUCUGUUUGGAGUCCUGGAGGAGGAACACGUGGGUCUAGACCAUGCCACGGGAAGAUGGAAAAUAGCAAAAGAGGUCCUUGAGGAAAUGAGGAGGAUCGCGCUAAGGCUUGAGGCUCCUCCAAGAUUCACUACGGAUCUAAACAGAGCCAAAGGAUUGGUCUUUGGAUAUGAAGACAAUAACAGUGAGAGUGAAUCUUACAGAGGUUCUUUCUCUUCCAACUGUCCAACGGUGUUCAAGGCUGCAAAAUUCUCACCAAAUUUUGCUCCUUGUUCUUCCGGGAUUGUUAAGAAAAGACCUCCAGUGAGAAGACGUCCACCAAAAUCGACUCGUCAGCAGAAAGCUAGAGCGAUGAGAGAGGUACCUGAGGACUUGCAGGCUGAACAUAGAGAAGGAAAGGAGGCGAUGGGGUGCAAGAAGAGGAAGUGCACGAUGGAAGCAGAGGAGGCCACACCAACCAACAAGGCACUUGCUUUAAGGCGAUCCCACAUGAGGGAUUGCCCCAAGAUCAAUGAGCUUUCUUAG